UUUGUCAAUCACUAUUGUCAGUCAGCGGGAGAACUGUGAUAGCGUUAAAUAAUUUCAGGCGAUUAUUUAUAAUUUAAUUAGUGAUUUUCUAAUUUAAAAGAAAUGGUCAUCAUUUUCUAAAAAAAAUUGCAAGAAUGUUUGAGUGGGCUUACAGUGGUGCAAAUAAGGCCGUUCCUAGAAAUGUUGGUCCUGAAUGUGCGUUUUUUUUAUCUCCUCAAAGGCAGAUAAUUGAAACCAUAUUAGUAACUGGUAUUUGCAUUUAUAUUUUAAUCAAAACUUAUCCAAAACUUCAAUUACCAAAAGAAGACAAUUAUAUUAAAAGUGAUAGAGGUGGCAAACGGUUGCUUGUUGUAUUGUUAACCUUCCUAUGGGGAAUGGAAAUUGGUUUCAAGUUUGCAUCUCGUACUGUGAUAUAUUUGUUAAAUCCAUGUCAUGUUACUACAUUAAUACAAAUAUACUUACUUUCUGCACCACCAAGUAAAAUGGUCAACGCACUAUUUCGUAUUCAUCUAAACUUAUUGAAUGGCCCUUUAUUAGCCUUUUUGUUUCCUGAGACAGCUUCCAGAACGAUAUUCACUGAAGCCGCAUUAUAUUGGAUUCAACAUGGAAUGAUGUUUGUUAUUCCUUACUAUCUUCUGAGAAUUGGUGGUGUCUAUAACAUAGAACCAUUUUGGGAUUUCAAUUGGGCCAUAUUUAGCUACAGCUUGAAUUUGUUGUACCAUUUUAUUGUGUUACAAUUUAUAGCUAUUCCUGCCCAAGUUAAUUUGAACCAUAUGCUAUGUCCGGCUAUAUUGGACCCGUUUGACGGCCCCUGGUACCGCAUCGCAGCGGUGACGCAUCAAGCGCUGCUUUGUCCACUGCUGUGCAAGGCUUACUGCCUCGCUGCCGAGUUUUGCCUCACGAAAUUCCCACCAACGAAAGUGAAGCCGCACAUGAAAGAUUACUUGCAAGACAAACCAAGUGACAAACCAUCGAAACUUGACUAGUAAUAAUUUGUAUUAUUAUACUGUCUCUAUGGCUGUAACCCUCUCAGGGUAGCUAGAAUAUCUAUAUUAAAAUGCCUAUCAUAGUAAAAACAAUAUUUCAUCGCGUCCAUUUAGUUCGAGUGAUUACUAGAUGUAAGGUAAUAUAAUAUUAUUAGAUUUUAAACUGCGUUUAUAAGGUAUUUAAAAUAAGGUGGUAUUUGUAGCCAUAAUUAUGUAAUAGCAAAACCAUAUUUACAUAAUGCCUUGAUUUUUAGUCAAAUUAGAGUCUAUUUCAUAAUGAUAAAUAUCGAUUAAACGGACAAAGUCCUGUUGAAUUUCAUGUAUUGUAUUGCUUCUUUGUUUAGUAUCACUACAUUUGUCAUGCUUGAACCAAAUAUUACUAGUCAAUAUAGAGCCUAACGAGGUGCUCGUGUGCGGUAUCCCAUUGAAUUAGAUGGUUACAUAACGGAUAUGUCGUCGUAAUUUAUAAGUGCAAAAUGAUUAUAAUAAGUCCUAUGUACCCAAUUCAAAUUAAUGUUUGUUCUGAACGCCUAUACACAUUGUAUACCUAAAUAAUUCUAGUUACAUACGAUAGGUAGGUACAGGGUGUGAGGGUAAAUUUUUCAACUCAUACAGUGAAGGUAGGUGCACAUUUGAGCGCCGCGGCACUGUGCUGCAGCUGCACGUCACUUUUUAUGCAACGACUCUCGCUUCAGCACACUAUACCCGACACACAAUUAUUAUACUUAAUAAUAUUAUCCUUCUUCCUAUCCUACUAAUAUUAUAAAUGCGAAAGUUUGGAUGUCUGGAUGUUUGUUGCUCUUUCACGCAAAAACUACUGAACGGAUUUUGAUGAAACUUUACAAUAACCCAGAAUAACAUAUAGGCUAUAAUUUAUGAAGAUCUGUGACAAACUAAAUUUCACGCGGGUGAAGCCGCGGGCAAAAGCUAGUUAGGUAUGUAUAAAAUAUGUGAAUCUUUUUGACGCUUUGUGCCGCGCCGCGCAGCACCCCGCUGCUCUAAUGCGGUUCGGCCUUUACUUAAUCUCACCCCAAAUCAAUUAAACUUAUUCAAUAAUAUCAUAAUAAUACGUUUUUAAACUGCUGUUUUUUUUUCAGUCUUGUAUAGAAAUUUAAAAUUAAUUUAUUUUGUGCUAAAAUCUCGAAUUUUUAAUUCCCCCUUACACUCUGUACUUAUAUUAUUUAGGUGGGAACAGUUGACCCGACCAUAAUAUUUUAUGAUAAAAAAAUUACUAAGUUGAUGGGGAUAAAGUGAUAAAAGGGAUACGGAUGGUAUAUUAAUUUGAAAAGUUAAAGCCACUCGUAGGCACCGGAUCCGGAUCAUUAUAAGUUUCGGCGAGACGCCUGUGCGGUUCUAAUAUUAUCUCAAAAAAUUAUGGGAUCUGUCCUGUAGACAAGUUACAAGACCUGACAGUUUUAAGUAGGCCCCAGCGCAGCGCAGAGUCGCGCGUUAUUUUUGUAUUAAUUACUUACUUCAAAUAAUUAAAACUGUCACGUUUUAGGGGAGCCCAUGUGCACAGUUAUCAUUUUGUCUAAAAUUUCUUACUUUUUACUGCAACUUGUUUUGAAAUAUUAUUAAUUAGCUGAACUUUAUGAUUUCUUUAUUAUUAUCCUAGUUUUCACAACCUCGAUAAAAUGUUAUCGAUGAUUUUGGACGAUAAAUGUACCAAGAAGAAUGAAUGGGCUAAUCGUCGAAAAUCGAUAAAAUGCAGUAGUUUCGUUUCGCUAUUUGCCGCAAAGUGCCGCGCGUUGACUUCUAUAAACCGUUAACCGAGGCUUAAACCGUUUUUCUGAUUCAGUAAUGUUAAGGGAAUGGAAAUACCUACUUUAAUUUAGGGGUGUUGUUUUAUUAGGGACGGGGAUACCUAUUCCAACAAUAGGUAUAGGUGCAAUAUUGAUGAGGUCGUGUUUUUACCAGCUAUUAUCUGGUUUAGGGCAAAACUUUAAGUUUUAGAAUUUGUAUUUGAUCAAUAGACCAAUUUUAACUGAAAAAGUUUUGCUACUCGAAUGAAAUUUAACGUACUAUAAUUAUGUAAACUGCUUGUUACUUUACAACACACUUGUGGUAUUAUUAAAAUAGUUAUUAUAGGUAAAAUUGAAUGUUAUGAUCCCUUAGUAAAUUACAUUUAGCUUAAUUUUUUUUUACACACGGAAUCUGUCUUAUAACAGACCCAGAAAGUACACGUAAUCAGUAUUAUUUUAAAAUAAUCUCAUUGUAAGAAGAAGACAUGUUUUAGUCAGGUUUUAGUUAAUAAAAGUAUUUAUUAUAAACUA